AUGCAACCGGAACAGGAUGCUAUACCUUCGCUGCUGAUGCCGCAAGGACAAUCGGCUCCGACUGGAUUUGAGCUGGAACCGUACCGUAAACCACCUACUAGCUUUGAGGAAGAUCAAGUGGUGUUCCAUACCCCGACAAACCGUUACAGACGACCUCGCAAACCCGUUUUCCUUCUUGAAAAUGGGACGGACGACGAGGAAGAACGGAAAUCGGAAGGAAGUGAUGGACCGUCCUCUCCAAAGCGUGUCAGGAUCGAUGAAGAGGCCUUAUUGGUGAAGCUGUUCAUGCGUACGCGGCAAGCAUUGACGAUCUUUCUACAACGUACGCUCAGGCAAUCGACAGUGAAGAUGCUACGCAGUGUCGUGAAGCCAUGGAGGCUGAACUGCUCUUACAUAAACGGAACAUUACCUGGACAUUGGUUCCAAGCAAAACAGCCAUCCGUACCAUUAGUGCAGGUGAGUUUUCGCCAAGAAGCGUGA